AUGUUAGAAACAUCCAGUAGGUAUCCCGAGAGGUAUCCUACUACCCUACUACUAAAAACUCAGUUACAUACCUAUAUUUUUAUGGAUGAUGAUCAUUUUUUGCAGAUUGAAACAACUUGUGAGAGUAUCAGAAUGACCUACGUUCAACCAGAGUCCUUAUCAAAACUCUCAUGCUGUAAGUGUAAGAAAUAUUUAUCCCAUUUCCCAAUCUCCACUAGUCCUGAUGGAUCCACUUGUGGGCGCUGUCAACCCCUUGAUGGUGCUGUACACAAUGAGGUAUAUGAGUACCUUGCUGAGAAACAGAAGUUCCCCUGUAGCCACAAUUCCAAUGGAUGUUUAGAAAACCUCUUUCCCAAGAAUAUUCCCAAACAUGAGAGAUUUUGCAACUACCAAAAAGUGAACUGCCCCACUAUUAUAACACCAACUUGCCAAUGGAAGGGUUUCACCAAUGAUUUACUUCAGCAUUUUGAGGAAAAACACCCUACUUUUCUGUUGAGUGAAGGCAAUUUUGAGGUAGACUUCAUCAAUAGCCAUAAAGAGAAUUAUCUGCUGCCUUAUGGUGAGAGUUUGUAUAUUGUGAAUCGGUCUAAUGAUUCUAGAACUGGUACUUUUUCUUGUACUGUCACUUACAUUGGUAGUGAUCCUGUUGUGGAUGAAUAUUCUUAUAAAAUAAUACUCAAGAGUGGUAGUGGGAUCCAGACCCAUGAAAUAAGCAAAAAACUAGGAGAUGUGACAGAUAUCAAUAAUAAUAUGAUCAGCAGCAUUUUAAAUGAUCCUGUUUCAAUAGUAGCAAGAAUUGAGGUAUUCAAGGAGGAUCCCACAGUUGAAGCAGAUGUGGAAGAAGUUGAUAACACCAUACAGUGGGAUUUUUUAAGGGAACUAGAAUGUUUGGUGUGCAUGGAAUACAUGGUGCCUCCGAUCUUUCAAUGCCUCACCGGCCACAGCAUUUGCAAGGGCUGCAAGGAAAAGAUGAAAGAGUGCCCUACGUGCAAAAACGAGAUAGGCAACACGCAAAACUUCGCGCUCGCGCAGCUCGUCAGCUUCAUUGACUACCCCUGCAAGCACGACCGGUGCAAGUUCAAGGCCAAACCGGCCGAGAUCAAGAGGCACGAGGCCAGCUGCGUUUUCGGCACUAUCGGGUGCCCUCUCAAGGACUCUUUGGAGUGCGAGGCCCAAAUGACGCAGGCCGAGGUGUACGAUCACGUGACCAAGGAGCAUUACGAGAAUUUGCUGGAGUUCGAUAUGGUUUCCGAGCCUUUUGAGGAGGGGGAGUCGGUUGAGGAGUGCUACGUUGUGCCUUUUGAUGGGAAAUUGUUCAAGUUGUGUUAUUCUUACGAUGACGAGGUGCUCAUGUGGGUGAUGCAGUUUAUUGGUCCUGCCGAAGCGAGUUCGGAGUACUGUUUUGAUAUUGAUAUUAUUGAUACUUCGGGGACGGGGAAUAGAGCGUACUUCAAAGCUGCUUGUGAGCCUUUGAACAGUAUUGAGGAAGGGAUACGCUUUCACUACCAUGAUGUUGCUAGUCUGAUUACUACUGAACUGCGAUAUAGAGUGCACGUCUCAAAGUAUAAAGAUUAACUGUGGUACUUCCUGUUUUUAUUUUUCUAAGAAAUUUUAUUCUGACUGAAGACAAUCAUGGUAUUUUUUUUUUGGUUAGUUUGUUGUAUUUGAAAAUUCUAUUUUUAUCGACAAAUGUGUAUAAUACUACCUCUUCCUUCCUCCUAGUAUUUUUUUUUCUUGUGACUGCAUUCAAGUUUAGUUUUCAUUAUUAGUAGUAGUAUAGUAUUGAUUCAGAUUUUAUCUUUUAUGAUUUUUUCCAGUUUUCUUCCUAUAUGGGUUGAUUUGUAUGACAAAUAUUUUUAGAAAGGAACAUCCUAAAAAUGUUCACACUUUUUUGGUAUCUGUUCCCUUCUAUCUGAAUUCAAAUAUACGCAGCGGUGAAUCUAGCUGACUGGUUUUCCCACUUUUUGAUAUAUUGGACCUUCAGAAUGCAAUAAAUGACCAAAUUCACCAACAAAAAUGAAACAAUACCGGGUGGCU